GGUGCCGGAGAGCAGAGCAGAAGCGACCGCACGAGCCAGAAAAAAACAACUGCCGCCGGGAGGAGAGCAGAGGAGAAAAAUAUCCCCAAUCUCUCUCGCCUCGCCUCCGAUAAACGCUAGCCAGCAGCCUCGCCUGAUUGGCGCCGGGAGCCCGCCGGAUCGGAGCCUUGGGGCGCGUCGGCUCGCCGGAGGCGGAGGAGCUGUCGGUCGGGCGGGGAAUUGCGGCGAGUUUUCGGGUUGCUCCCUGGCCUCCCGGGCGCUCGCCGGCGUCGGAUCCGGCCCUGCUCCGGAGGAGAGCGCGGGUCUCGGUUCGGCUCCGCCCCCGAUUUGCUCGCCUGGGCUGGUUGACGCGGCUGCGGCGGCGGUGGCGACCGGCGACUGAGGCGGCCGCGUCGCGUCGCGUCGAUUUGGCGGGCCGUUGCUGCCAUUGCGCGAGCCAUCCGAAGAGCCAAGGUCGAGCAGCCCGUUCCUGCCAUUCCCGGCCUUCCGGCGGCGCGAUGCUUCCCAAGGCCCGAAUCCACGCGGACCCGGCGCUCGACUUCGAGCUCGAUCUCUUCGACUGCCUGCCGGACUCGCUCGUCCUGCUCAUCCUCAACAAAGUGGAGGACGUGCGUUCCCUCGGCCGCUGCUCCGCGGCGUCCAAGCGGUUCAACGGGCUCGUGCCCCACGUCCACGACGUCUGCGUCAAGAUCGACCGCGUCGUGGCGGUCGACGGCGACGGCGAGGACGCCCUCAACCUGAUCUCGCCCAAGCCCCGGAACAUCCUCUCCCACUUCCUCAAGCUGAUGCUCUUCACGAUCAUCAAGCCCUUCCACAGCGCGCGCGGCCCCAACGGCGCCGGGCGGCCGCUCUUCCCGCAGCUCGCGCACCACUCGCCGGCGCAGGUGCUCCGGAGCUUCACGCACGUGCGGAACCUCCACAUCGAGCUCCCUUCCGGGGAUGUCGGCACCGAGGACGGGGUGCUCCUGAAAUGGCGGGCAGAGUACGGGAGCACGCUUCAGAACUGUGUCAUCCUUGGGGGCACCAGGGUUGACCGCAAGCCUGUUGGCGCAGAGCAUGAGCCGUCUUCGGAGGACAACGGGAGCAUGCCGGAGUCUUUCUAUACCAAUGGCGGGCUCAAGCUCCGCGUCGUGUGGACGAUCAGCUCCCUCAUCGCUGCGUCGACGAGGCAUUAUCUUCUCCGGUCGAUCAUCAAGGAGCACCCCACACUUGUGAGCUUGGUGCUGACUGAUGCCGAUGGCCAGGGCACGCUGACCAUGGGAGCAGAGCAGCUGAAGGAGUUCAGAGAGAACCAACUGUCGGCCUCGGCAUGCUCCAACAGGACCCAGGUCCCGGCCUGCAACAUGAAGCUGAAAUACGCGCCAUAUCUCGAGCUGCCUGGAGGAAUUGCGCUGCAGGGUGCUACACUGGUUGCUAUCAAGCCCUCCACCGAGGGAAGCAAUGGCGGCCAUAUCAGCCGCAAGGAAACCGACGCAUUCAUCUCUGGAGCAUUUGAUGGGCCAUUCAAAUUCGCCCUGAAGGCGCUGAUGAAGAGGCGCACAUACCUUCUGGAGAUGAAUGGCUUCUAGGAGUUCUUCCUGGGUAUCUGCUUGCUGGUGCAAGCAAGGGUCGUUUGGCUGCUUUAACUUUUGGUCUGUGUAAUAGUCUGUGCUUGUUGUCUCGUGUGUUAGCUCUUUGUACAGUGGUGACAUUUCGUUAGCUAUAUGAAAAACAUAUCAAAUUAGUACA